CGGAGCCCCGAGGGGCCGGAGCUCCUGGCGGUGCCCGAUCCUGACGGUGGCCUUCUCCCGGGUCUGAGCGGGGGUAGUGAGGAAGGGAGACUGUCUCAGGAUGUCCUUCCGGGACGCCAGCCCACCCCCGUGAGGAGCGGAGCUAGUUGACACCGGAUGUGUUUCCUCCCAGGCUAAGUCCACCUUCCGGCCUAGGCCGCAGCUGCUGCGGAAAGCUGGGCUCUGGCUCUCCGAGUCGAUUGCGACCAUGGCUGCUGAAUCUGAUGUUCUGCACUUCCAGUUUGAACAGCAAGGAGAUGUAGUCUUGCAGAAAAUGAAUCUCUUGAGACAGCAGAAUUUAUUUUGUGAUGUGUCAAUUUAUAUUAAUGACACCGAGUUCCAGGGGCACAAGGUGAUUUUGGCUGCUUGCUCCACUUUCAUGAGAGAUCAGUUUUUACUCACGCAGUCAAAACACGUCAGAAUCACCAUCUUACAGAGUGCAGAAGUUGGCAGAAAACUGUUGCUGUCUUGCUAUACAGGAGCACUUGAAGUUAAAAGGAAAGAGCUUUUGAAGUAUUUGACUGCUGCUAGUUACCUGCAGAUGGUUCACAUUGUGGAAAAGUGCACAGAAGCUUUGUCAAAGUAUCUGGAAAUUGAUCUUUCUAUGAAAAAUAACCAGCAUACCGACCUUUGUCAGUCCUCUGAUCCAGAUGUUAAAAAUGAAGAUGAAAAUUCUGAUAAAGACUGUGAGAUAAUUGAAAUUUCAGAAGACAGUCCCAUAAACAUAGAUUUUCACGUAAAAGAGGAAGAAAGCAAUGUUUUACAGUCUACAGCAGAGUUGACACCAGAGAGAAAGGAAAUAAAGUCACCAGAGCUGUCUUCAGUAGAUAUUGGUUUUAAAGAUAAUGAAAUUUGUAUCCUCCAUGUGGAAUCUAUCAGUACCGCUGGUGUAGAAAAUGGGGAGUUUUCACAGCCUUGUACCUCUUCAAAAGCAACCAUGUAUUUCCCUGAAACCCAGCAUUCAUUGAUCAAUUCCACUGUUGAGAGCAGAGUGGCAGAAGUUCCUGGGAAUCAAGAUCAGAGCUUAUUCUGUGAGAAUACUGAAGGAAGUCAUGAUACAGUGAAUGAGAUUCACAACCUGGAGGAUGCUUAUUCACUGAGGCACCAGUGCCCCAGGUGUCCCCGAGGAUUUCUUCACGUUGAAAACUAUCUGCGCCACCUGAAGAUGCAUAAGCUGUUCCUGUGCUUACAGUGUGGGAAAACAUUUACCCAGAAGAAAAAUCUGAACCGGCACAUUCGAGGGCACAUGGGCAUCCGGCCCUUUCAGUGCACUGUGUGCUUGAAGACCUUUACUGCCAAAAGCACCCUUCAGGACCACUUGAACAUACACAGUGGAGAUCGCCCAUACAAAUGCCACUGUUGUGACAUGGAUUUCAAGCACAAAUCCGCCCUCAAAAAGCACUUAACCUCUGUCCAUGGCAGAAGUAGUGGUGAAAAACUACCCAGGCAUGAUCUCAAAAGCCAAAAUCUACUAUAACUAGAACCCCAUCUUGCUUUGUACACCCGUAUCAUUCUGUUAGGAAUUGGUAUCUACUAUCUUUGAUGUUUGAAAAAAUUUACGGUUGAACUAUGUUUAAGUUUUAUGUGUGCCUUGUAAGAUUCUUGUGAUACUUUUGGUAAGCACUUUGAGAUAUUUGCUUGGGGGGAAGGGUUGUUUUGUGAAAGUGAUGGUUGUUAUUUAUUUUUAUUUAUUCCUGUCCAGUAGCACACAGUGAUCUCAACAUUCCUAGAGAGUGUCUGUUUGCAUGAUGUAUAUAAAUAAUUCCAGGAAAAUGGAAUCUUUUGAAAAAUGCAGGUAUGGCAAAGUAAAGUGCUGAACUCAUUCAUUAAAACAUUCACUUUUACUUGUUUGUUUUUCAGAUAUGAUGGGGGAAAAUGCAACAUGUUUGGGUUCAGCCUCUUCAUUAACUGCAUUAACGUAUAAAAGAUCUUGGAAAGGUAGUUGUUACUUUGGUAUCAGAAAAUCCUUGCUGUUUUUCCUUGGAUGUAACUAUUCUAUAUGUUUACAUAAGAAAAAAUAAACUGGAUAUGGGAAUAGAGAA